UGCUUCCCUUUGUAUUUUUGCUUCUUUUGUGUGUUCAAGAAAGCGACUGACAUUUGUUGUUUGCCCGAGACGGGAAGGUGCCUUAUUCGGAAUUCGUGUGCUCGCUUCUAAUUAAUUUUGUCUUCGGUUAAUGCGCUUUUCGGUUCUUGCUCUCUCCCGUAUGUGUCCCGUAUAUGGUUCUUGUUGAAUUAGAUUUUUGUCGAAAAACCCAUGUUGCGUGCCCGUGGCUGAAACUAUCGUCCGGAACGAGAAUCUUGGCCAAUCGUCGGGCAGUUGUUGUGAAGUGAAUAGUUAAGAAAAUUGGAGUGUCGGGAGAGGAAAAAAAAUCGCCUAUAUGACGUCAGCCAGUGUUUUUGACCGCUCUAGCCGCCGCCGUCCCGAACAAGACAAGAAGUCUGGCUUGGAAGUCGUGAAAAGCGGUUCGAGUGCCCACUCUGGUGUCUAGAAAUAAUGUCGUUACGUGCAAUAAAGAAACGCGAGUCAAGGCCCUACAGAAAGCAACAGCAGCAAGAGACGACGCACGCGCUGCACGCAUUAACGAGUCACAGCCGGAAGUCAACCGGGACCGAACUAUCGAACAGUAUUGAAUCUCCGAAGCACCGAUCGCAGUCGCUGCCGAAUCUCCUUGACGCGGAAGAACACUUGUUGCUGGCGCAAGCCAAGAAAUAUCCGUCGUGGCGGUCGGAAACUGAUGUCUCGAAGCUCAUUGCCAACUUCGAGCAAAACGCAAAUUUAAUUAGUGCAAAGUCUGAGGUCUGCCUGAAGACGAUUUCGGUUCAUAGGACAGUGCACGGGAACAUGUCGCGGCCGGGAACCGGUGGCAUCGCCACGACCGCGAGUAAUCGUGAGCUGUCUACACGCUACCGCAAUGACACGCUCAACAACAAUCCCUCGUCGCCGGCGAGACGCAUGAGUGAGCACAGCAUCUCGGCAUAUUCACAGACCAGCAACCUGACGACACCUUCAGACAUCGAGGUGCGCGGAUUCGCGGACACAGCAUGCGUCCGCAUUCCAAUUAUCGGCUACGAGGUCAUGGAGGAGCGCGCACGCUUCACCGUUUACAAGUUACGGGUGGAAAAUCCAUUUUCAAAUGAUUGCUGGCUGGUGCUGCGACGCUACACCGACUUCGUCCGCCUCAACAACAAACUGAAACAGGCCUUCCCACAUAUCACAUUGCAGCUACCGCGAAAGAAACUCUUCGGCGACAAUUUCAACUCGGUCUUUCUGGACAAUCGAGUCCAAGGACUGCAACGAUUCGUCAACUCGAUCAUGGCCAACCACGAGCUUAGGAACGCGAGCGUCGUGCGAGAGUUCUUCUGCUUGGACGAGCCCCCGACUUACUCGGAUAGUAUGGAGGAGUGUCGUGCAAUAUUUGAAGCCCAAGAAGAAACCAUAGCCCACCUAAAAUUGCAACUGAAACAUAAAGACGAUCUUAUUCUAUCCUUGCAACAAAAGCUACGCAACGAAAUAUCUGAAAAGGACGAUCUUAAAUCAAAAUUCAACCAUAUCAAUUCAUCCACAAAGUGUGCUAAGUGUGGAAGUCUCACAACGUCGUCUAUGAACUCUUCUUCAUAGUGCUUGCCUCGUAUGCGGAUUGUGCAUUCCACUGAUAAUUCAACUGAGUGUUAGUUAUAUAACGAGCGAUGGGAGUAAAGACCAAGCAUUAGCUGAAGCUCGAAUAGAAUUAUUUGAACCAGAACAAAGUCUGACAAUGAAACCCGCAUGCUUUUGUGCAUUUUUUUCAAACGGGGAAAAUGUGCUAUUAGUUAGUGUAUUAUUAUAUACGAAAAAAAAACCCUAGCGAAUAUUUUAACAUAAAGAAAAAAAUAAUAGUAAAGCAAUAACCUAGGGAAACCGUUCAAUGCGAGUCGUGUAGCAACAACCAAGUGAUCUAUUGAUAAAUAUUUGUUCUACCAAAUUGUUUUUAUUUUACAACUUGAUAACUCCAAUAUUUGUUUUAAAGUGAUUGUGACCCUCCCAAAUAAUUUUAUGAGCUUAUGAUCCUUCCACUAUCUGUUAUCCCAACUAGGGCUGAUUUUAUAAUUACUAUUUUCAUGUAAAUAUGAUAAUUGGCUGCUGCAAAGCAAAGGUAAUUCCACUGUUAGAGACGAGCCCCAUUCAUGUCUGAAUUAGUAUUCUUUCCUAUAAUGUUAAGUAGACGAGUAGUUGGUUUUAAUAGAGUUUAUUGUCAACGUUUUUGCAAUCAAUAUCACCGUCAUAUUGAUAUCUCAAAAGUUAGUAUUUUAUAUAAUUGUAUAAUUUUAACUGGAUCUAAUAAAUUAUUUAUUUACA